AUGGCCUCCAGCAUCGCCAAGACCGUCAUUGCGACCGGAUCCUCCUCUGGCCUGGGCUUUGAGGUGAUCAAGCAGCUUCUUGAGCAGUCCCAGCCGUACAAGGUCAUUGUUGGUGCCCGUAACCUCAAGCGCACUCAAGAUGCCUUUGACGCGCUCAAAUACGAUCGCGCCCUGCACUCGCUCAGCAUCCUGCCGCUCGAGCUGAACGAUCUCAAGACCGUCAAGUCGUUCGCUGCCGAAUCCCUCACGCAGCUCGGCUCCAACAAGACUGACUACCUCUUCCUCUGUGCUGGUAUCAGCGAAGGCGCAGACAAGCCAGGACCACACGGCUCCAAGUGGUGCGAGCCUUUCAUUGUGAAUCAUCUUUCCCAGCACUAUCUAGUCCACCUGCUCCGCGAGAAGCUCGUCGAGUCCAAGUGCCGCCUCGUCUUCGUCUCCUCAGGCGCCGUCCGCAAUGUCCCCGACGUCUCGGUCCUCGACAAGCAGCUCCUCGGAGCCUCGGGCGCCCCCCGGUCCUCCACCUACCCGCAGACCAAGUUCGUUGGCCUGCUCGGCGCACACUGGUGGCGCCGCCAGCUCACCGGCCAGUGCCACGUCGUCGCCGUAUCUCCGGGUCUGAUUCCCGCUACAAACCUUGCCGCGGGUCUGGGCCUCAAGGUGAAUAUGGCGGACGCCAAGACUGUGCCUGAAGGUGCCAAGAGUCUUCUCGAAGCGUUCACGAGGACCGAUUUCCCCGCGGACCCGGAACAGAUCUUCCUCACUAGCUGGGGAGAGUGGUGGUCCAAGGAUGUGUACGCUGGGUCACUGGACAAGGAGCUACAGGAUAAGUGGUGCCCUAGCAAGGAGCAGAUUGAAAAGGAGGAGAACAUUUCUAACUGA